GAUAAACCUGUUAGGAAGAUCACUUUGUUUUAAAGUUAGCACUACAAAAGGUUGAAACAACAACAGUUCAACUCAAGACACUAUAGCUCAUAAGAAACCACUGAAGUAUUUAAUCUGCAUUGUUAAGAAGAGCAUAGGAAACUACAAAGUCUAGAGUAACUAGUAAUGCAAGCAUGUUCAGCUUAUACAAUUAGUGGUCCAAAAAAAGAAAUUACAAUGUGUGGAAGAGCAUAUUUGAUGGCUCUUCCACAACCCAAAAACUUCCUCCCGGGGUUCAUUUCAGUUUUAGAAACUGGCACAGAACACCACAAUAGCAUAUAGUUGGCUGUUGUCUACGAAAAUAGAUGAUGAACUUCUUGAACCAGAAGAAGAGGAAUUCUCCAUGGCAAUCACUACCCACAAUGAUUUCUAUAAAUCAAAUAGACACAGUACACAUUUUAAGCUAAGGUUUCUACACUCAAACUUAAAAUUAGCUACACAUAAAAAAGUUGCAAGAUUAACAAAGCGUGAGUCUACAAAGAAGAAGGAAACCCAUUAUUCCAAGCAGAAACAUGCGAGCAGAGGAGAAAGUAAAAUACAAGAGAUUGAAGAAAUCGUACCGUACUACCGUGGGAGGUUGAAGAAAGCAAUCUACUUUGUACUCAUUUAAUAAAUGCAUAUUUGUGCACAUUCUAAGACAUAAAAGUUAACAAUUAGGCCAACAUUGCUUAUGAAGAGCUUUACCCAUUAUAGUAGACAUAUCUAAAAUAUAAUUGUUUUGGUAGAUGAUACACUAAAUCAUAUUUGGAACAACAAUAGAAUAUAUUGAUUCUCCUUAAAUAAAAUUGUAUGCAUGGAAAAAAUCAUCUUAUGAGAGUUAGUUAUUACAAGUACGUGAAUAUUCUCAACUCGAAUAAGUGACUCAUAAGAAUCCUAGCUUAGAAAACUUUACAGAUGUCCUACCACCACCCCCUUUGCAGCGGUGUCCCCCCACCCCCUUAAGGGGUUCUCCCUCAUUUUAUGAGACUUCUUCUCCAUGAUAGGUGUUUUUUCCACCGUAGGCGAAUUCUCUAUCACAAUAAGUGAUUUUGCUACUCCAAUAAGUAAGUUUUUUUAUCCUUUUUGUGUGGAUUUCUUACAUUCUUCCAUCCACUAUCUCUAUGGCCACCACUACAAUCUUCUAGCUCCCCUUGCCGCCUCUAUCGCAAUCUCAGCCGCUACCAUCUCCGCCAUUUCCGCCAACAUCUAUAUCUCCCUCCUUUGUUUUAUUAUGUUGUUUUGUAUGGUCUAUACUCAAGUUGUCCUCCGUUUUCGUGUUCACAACGAUGUCGGCUUGAAAUCAUUUGAUGUCGUUGAAUUUGUGAUUUGGCUUCUUUGGAAGCUACACAAAUUGCAACGCUGUCAGAGUCGGAUGAGUUGUAAAUAUUGGAGUACGGAUUAAAAUGGAAAAAAAAAACUAUUUUUGCUCAUAAGUCAGCAUAUCCAUUGUUGAAUCAAAGAGUUUAGGGGCUUUAUAUGACUUUUAGUAUGUUAAAUUAUUGUAUCGGUUCAAAAAAAGUUUGAGCAUGUACUGUUCUUAAUUUAUUUAUCUUAUUACAUUAUAUAUAAAUAUCACUCUGUGAACUUUUAUUCUUGCUUACUUAAUGUAAGUUAAUGUAAGUGUCGUUGGAAGUGUUUAUAGUCAAAAUACAAAAAACACAAGAGUGACUAUGUGGAAUUCAUUGAUAAAUGGUCUGAUAAAGAAAACAAUAGGUUGACAUUCAAUAAUUUUUUUCUUUUGGGACGAUACUCUUUGAGUGAGAACUUUUAUAUAAUGGUGAAGCUAGCUCUCCUUUUAAUGAUGACUUUUUUCCUAUAUACAAAAUUCGAAACAAUUGCAUAUUUAAGGGGAAUCAAACAUGCACGACUUCAAUCGACCACAUCUUUGGCACAUUCAUUUAUAUUUGGAUCUUAGUGAAGUCAUCUCUGUUUAUUUUUGUUGAAUGCCAAUGUGAACGUAAGAACUUUACAAAUAGGAAAUUUAUCAACUAUUUCUCCUCAUUUAUGAAUUGUCUUCUGCGUCACGUAACCUUCACUAAGAAAUUUCCAUCCUAUGACUUAUAGCUCAAGAGACUUGGAAACAAAAAUCUGACUAACUCCUCAACAUCAUCACAUAUAAUAAACCUUACCCUCUUCUUCCUACUCUGAAGUACCUAUAUCUCCAACAUUUCAGUAUAUAUCUGAGAAGAAGCAAGAUUUUGCUGGAUUAGUACUGAGUUCAACAGUUCAACAGAAAUCCAAAUAUUUCACAAUGUUCAAGCUUGCAUUUGCAUGUUUUGUUUCUGCUUUGUUUCUCUGCUUUAUCAUUUCCUCUGGCAGCCACAACACUUCAUCCUCAACAACAUGCCCCACUUACCGCUGCACAAAUGGACCUAACAUCAGUUACCCUUUCUGGCUAGCUAGAGGCUCCCCUCCUGAUCAAUAUUGUGGAUACCAAGAGCUUGGCCUUAUCUGUUAUGAUGGUGACCCUAUUUUCUCUCUACCUCCAGGAUUGUACUACUAUGUAAAAGAUAUAGACUAUGAAAACCAUAGUCUUAAACUGGUUGAUGCUGACACCGCAAACCAAACAUGUCCUAGGGCACUUCACAAUGUUCCUGUGGGGAACCUUCCACUUUCUCACUCCCCCUUGAACAAAAAUCUCAGCUUUUACUACAAUUGCAGUGGUUACCCUUCUGGGGUGCCUUUCAUUGAGUGUCUGAGUUCUGGGGUGAAUAGGUCUUUUGUGUUUGAGAUGGGGAAUGAGACUAAGGGUUUUGACUGGGAUGAGAAUUGCCAAGUUAAUGUUGUGGUGACUGUGAUGAAGGAUGAGGUUACAAGUGAUGGGUUGAUGAGUGAGUUUGCUGGGGCCAUGAAUGAAGGGUUUGUGCUUGAUUGGCAAACACCUACAAGUUGUGCUGAGUGUGAGGCCAGUGAUGGAGUUUGUGGCUAUAGUAACACCAAGAAGGAGUUGCUCUGCUUUUGCAAGGAUGGCAGUACAACAAGCAAUAACUGUCAAGGAGGGAGUAGCAGCAGUUCAUCAAGACUAAUUAUCGGUUCAAUAGCUGGAGGAAUUGGAGCACUGUUGAUAUGCAUCACAAUUUGCAUUUUUAGACGAAAAUUAUCACCAAUUGUGUCAAAACAUUGGAAGGCCAAAAAGGUUGAUCAAGAUAUUGAGGCCUUCAUCAGAAACAAUGGGCCUCAAGCCAUAAAAAGAUACUCUUACUCAGAGAUCAAGAAAGUGACAAAUUCUUUCAAAUCCAAACUGGGACAAGGUGGUUAUGGUCAGGUAUAUAAAGGGAACCUAAACAACAAUUGUCCUGUGGCUGUGAAGGUACUGAAUGCUUCCAAAGGGAAUGGUCAAGAAUUUCUCAAUGAGGUUGUGAGCAUAGGUAGAACAUCCCAUGUAAAUGUUGUUAACCUCCUUGGUUUUUGCCUUGAAGGCCAGAAGAAAGCUCUGAUAUAUGAGUUUAUGCCUAAUGGAUCACUUGAAAAGUUUACACACAAGAAGAACUUUGAAACCAAUUUGAGUUGGGAAAGGUUACACAAGAUUGCAGAAGGGAUAGCUAAAGGACUAGAGUACUUGCAUAAGGGUUGCAACACGAGGAUUUUACACUUCGACAUAAAGCCAAGCAACAUCCUUUUGGACAAAAAUUUCUGCCCCAAAAUCGCGGAUUUCGGGCUGGCGAAGCUAUGCUCAGAAACACACAGUAUCAUAUCUAUGCAUGAUGCUAGAGGGACUAUAGGGUACAUCGCACCAGAAGUGUGGAACAGAAACUUUGGAGGAGUGUCACAUAAGUCUGAUGUGUAUAGUUAUGGUAUGCUGAUUUUGGAGAUAGUUGGAGCCAAGCAAAACAUUAGAAAUGAAGCAAGUGAUUCCAGUGAGACAUAUUUUCCUCAUUGGAUAUACAAGCAUAUUGAGGUGGAGAGCAAUUUGGCAUGGCAUGAUGGUAUGAGCAUUGAGGAAAAUGAAAUUUGUAAGAAAAUGGUUAUAGUAGGACUGUGGUGCAUACAAACAAUCCCAUCUAAUAGGCCACCAAUGAGUAAGGUGGUUGAAAUGUUGGAAGGAAGCAUAGAACAGUUGCAAAUUCCACCAAAGCCAUUCAUGUUUUCUCCUACAAAAACUGAAGUGGAAUCUGGCACUACUAGUAACUCUGAUUAAUUUUCAAUUUCUGAUUAGUAGUAAUUUAGAGAGUUUUGUGUUUAGGGAAUUUUUCCUUACUAGAAAUGCUAUUAAAUAUUUUUUUUUCCUGUAUAGAUCUAAGACAAAGAGUGAAUUGGAGACCUGCUACUAAAUUGCAAUCUAACACACAAAAUGUCAACAUUUGAAUACUUUUCAUAUUGAUCUGCUGCACGCCUUUUUCA